AUCUCGCGGACGCCAUGGCAACCUGUGGGGAGGCAGCAGGGGCGGUCUGGACUCUGUGAGUGUGUGUGUGUGUGUGUGUGUGUGUGUGAGUGUGAGUGUGUGAGGUGUCUGAUAUUUUGUUGUAGUGUGUGCUAGUGGCUGAGCAGGACGAUCAGAGGGGAGCAAAACAGCAGCAGUAGCACCAGAGGCGGGAGGAUGUUGCGUCUGUGCUGCCGAUUAGGCUGAUCAGAGCCGGAGCAACGAUGCAGUGACAGACUAUAGGAAGACUCGAGCUCACUCUCUCUCUCUCACACACACACACACGCAGACAGAGGGAGAGUAACACACGACUGCGCACGAGGGAUGAUCCGCUCCUAGACUAUGGCACCGUCGGGCUCGCGUAGUAUCAAGAGAGGCUGUCAGAGAGUUUUGUACUGGAUCCCGGUCCUGUUCAUUGCUCUCAUUGUGGCAUGGUCAUACUACGCCUAUGUUCUGCAGCUUUGCAUAGAAUCAAUUGAAGACACUGGAGAAAAGGUUGUGUACUUAUUGGUGUACCAUGCCAUAUUCAUCAUGUUUGUGUGGGCUUACUGGCAAACCAUCUUUACCAGGCCAGUGAACCCCCUGAAGGAGUUUCACCUGUCCUACUCUGACAAAGAGCUGCUGGAGCGUGAAGAUCGGGGAGAGUCCCAGCAGGAGAUCCUGAGGAGGAUAGCCAAGGAUCUGCCCAUCUACACCCGCACCAACUCUGGAGCAAUCCGUUUCUGUGAUCGCUGCCAGCUGCUGAAGCCUGAUCGAUGUCACCAUUGUUCAGUCUGUGAUAAAUGCAUCCUGAAGAUGGAUCACCACUGCCCGUGGGUGAACAACUGUGUGGGAUUCUCCAACUACAAGUUUUUUAUGCUCUUCUUGGCUUAUUCUCUUCUCUACUGCCUUUUUAUAACCGCCACUGAUCUUCAAUACUUCAUCAAAUUUUGGAUGAACGGCCUCCCAGACACCCAGGCCAAGUUCCACAUCCUGUUCCUCUUCUUCUCAGCCUCCAUGUUUUCAGUCAGCCUGGCUUCGCUCUUCAUCUACCACUGCUGGCUCGUCUGCAAGAACAGAUCCACGCUCGAGGCUGUACGUGCUCCAGUGUUUCGCCACGGCACAGAUAAGAACGGCUUCAGUCUAGGCCUCACUAAAAACUUCCGCCAGGUCUUUGGGGACGAAGUGAAAUUCUGGCCUGUACCAGUUUUUUCCAGUUUAGGCGACGGCUGCUCGUUCCCAGCCUGUCUAGUGAAUCUGGACCCUGAGCAGCCUUCAUCUCCCUCAGGCUCCAACCCUGUGAGCAAAGGCGGGCUCUUCAUACCUGGCUUCGUACCUGCUGCUUCUGAGAAUCUGUGUGUUUCCAGUGCAGCAGAGGGCCGCCAGUUCCCAUCGAAGCCGCUCAGAGAGUCUCAGAGUCGACUGCUCACCAGCACCCCCUCCUGGUCAGAGAGUGAGGGUGCAGCAGACAAAGACCGGAAGGGUGCCAGCAACCCAGGGAUUACAAUAGAAAAUGAGGCGUAAUCAGAGACAGAGCCAGAGGUGAGGCCUUUCAGGUGGCCCCCUCCUCUGUGCUUGUGGCUCUCAGGAUGUGACGUGGUGGCGACUUCAUCAGAGGUUUACGUGACUGAAACCACAUUACCAACACAACAACACAAAAAAAGAGAGAAAUACCAUCAUCACCAGUCUCACUGGUAGUGAUACAGUCAACUCUUUCUGCUGCUAUCUUCAAGUAUUUGGGCUUCAGGACAAAAUGAUUGAAAUUAAAAAGCAUUCCAACAUCACAGGCUCCUUUGUUUCGACAUGACAAAGCACAGAGCAGCAGUGGAAGAGGACUCCUGGAUUCUUUUAACUUUCUUUUGUGUUGUAGGAGAUCAAUCUGAGCUCAUUUCUGUGUUACAGUAUAACUUGUAUUCUGUGCCAAAUGUUUGCACAUGAAGUAAAGAUUAGUAGAAGUGUUAAUGUGAAAGAUGUUUCUUUGGUCAUGUUUUGUUUUAGUGAAGUUUUCUGUUCAUUCAGAAAGGGGUGGGCCGCUUCUCCACCCACCAUGUUGAGUGUUGUGAAAGUUUAAAUGAUGCAUGCUCUCAUCUCAGGAUGUCAACACAAGCUGACUAUGUUGUAAUGAACUGCACCAGAAAUGUUUUUCCCUUUGCUUGAAACAAAAAAAACCCCCAACAUGUUUUAAUUAGUAAUGUCAAUAAGGGCUCUUCUAAAUUGUUAUAGCAUGAGUGAGGAUUUUGCUGUCAUACAGGAACACCUGAGAGCUGGUGCUGUGACAGCGUGUCCCCCCUGCCAAAUAUCUACACUGCUGUCUGUACAUAUCCAGACUGACUCUGGAGGGCCAACACACUGACUGCGAGCAAAGCCUCAGUGUAAUGCUGCAGAUCUGCUCACCAUCAAAGCGCAGAUACUGGUGAGAGUUUUUUAAAUCACAUGACAUUGUGGAUGCGCUGCAGAGCAAAAAAAAAAAAAAAAAAAAGCUCCAGCUGCUUCGUAGAGUUCAUUUUCACCCUCGUAGGAUUCUGUCUGUUCUUGUCUCUGGCUUGAAACUAUGAAACCAUCACUUCAAAUUAUUUGGAAGAAUGUAUGCUUGUUUCAAAAAAAGCUCCAUGGUGACAAUCUAUAUUUUUCUAUUCUUCUGUCUGUACGACACUAAAGACAUUAUGGAUGUGUGAGUAAUGUACUGUAAAGUUGUGAUGCCUUAUAAGAAUAAAACAUGCUCAUCUUCA